GCAAAGUGUGUGUCAGUACAUGUCAGUGUUUUUGUAACCCUCAUGGUCUCCGGUUACCCAAAUGUACCUGAGUGGGUGGAUCUUUUCAGGUGAGUACAGGUACAAGUGUGUGCAGUCUCACAUGCUGGGGCUUACUCUCAGCUUCUCAGCCACCCAGCAAUUCGACAGUACAGCAGCACUAAGGAUUACCAUAUGAAGAUAUGAGACAUCUUUCACAUGAGAGGGGGAACUAUUCUACUGAGAACAGAUCCUAAAGAAGAUUCAGACUCCUGCACAUCUCUGCUAUGACCAUGGCUAUGGGCUUUUCCCAAGACCAAGUGGCGUGCGUGUGUGAGGUUCUGCUACAGGGUGGCUGCAUGGAGCGUCUGACUGCCUUCCUGUGCUCUUUACCCUUCACCUCUUCCUCGUACCCUGGCCUGCAGCCGGGCGCAGAGAGCGUCCUGAAGGCACGGGCGGCCGUUGCCUUCCAUCAGGGCCGCUUUGCUGAGCUUUACGCCCUUAUCGAGGGGAGCACGUUCUCCCUUCGCAGUCACUCGCUCCUCCAGCAGCUCUGGCUCCGAGCGCACUACCUGGAGGCGGAGUUGCAGCGAGGGCGCCCUCUAGGGGCGGUGGGCAAGUACCGCGUGCGCCGUAAAUUCCCUCUGCCUAGGACGAUCUGGGACGGAGAGGAGACGAGCUAUUGCUUUAAGGAGAGGUCUCGCUGUGUCCUGAGAGAGUGGUACUGCCAGAAGCCGUAUCCAUCGCCGCGUGAGAAGCGGGACCUGGCUGCAGCUACGGGUCUCACUGCCACUCAGGUCAGCAACUGGUUCAAGAACCGGCGGCAGCGAGACAGAGCAGCCCAGAGCCGUGAAGGACAAACAGAGGAUUGCCCGCCACAGCAGUCAUUGUGCUACGACGGAACAUUGAGGGGUACAUUCCAGAGUUCUGAAGAUGACCUUUCACCUCCAGUGAGCCCCAGCUCCUUCCUCCCCUGUUUGCAGCUGUCCUGUGCUCAGCCACCUCCCCUCAGGCACCUGGGGCCUGGGCACUACUACCGGUACUGAGGGGGGAGGGCCUGAGCGGCACUGCACACCGGCCGCACUUGAGCCUGUUCCAAAAUCUGGAGUAUGAACACGGACAGCUACUGCCACCUAGUGACAGAAAAGCGCUUCAUCAAGCGACUUUUGUGGGAUAUAUUCUACAUGGAGA